UUGAAGGCCAAACAUCUGGGGACCCACAGGUCGAGAACCACUGUUUCAGAGGGAACACCUCUCCAGGAAUCUCUACGUCAGUGGUUCUCAACCUGGGGUUCCCAGAUGUUUUUGGCCGUCAACUCCUGGAAAUCCCAACAGCUGGUAAAAUGGCUGAGAUUUCUGGAAGUUGUAGGCCAAAAACAUCUGGGAAACCCAGGUUGAGAAUAACUGCAUUAAGUCCUCUGGCACAACUAACUUCCACUAGAGAUUGAUAAUAGAAUCACACUGGAGGACCUACAAAUGCCCAGAGGAGUGUUCUCUCUAGGAGUCUCUAGGUCCUCAAGCACAAUUAUGUGGUUAACAUCCACCUGAAGCCAGCAAUAGAGUUUCACUGGGGGACAUAGAUAUCCCUACAGAAAACAUCUUAAACAAAUCUGUGAUUAAUCAAAUCUGCAAAAGUCAAACUUGCACACCUGGAGGCCGGCUAUACUUCACACUGCCUAAUGGUAGGACUGGCUCUGCAAGAACCAAGAUGCUGGACAAUAUGCUCUGUGUGAUCUCAGUGUUUGUUCAGACAUAGGAAGGACAAGAACAGCAGCUAAGUGUAGCAUGAACUGCUGCUGCUGCUCCUCCUCCGUCUCAGUGACAGCUGAGCUCUGUGCUGGGAGGUGGUUAGUCAGUUGUGGGCAAGAAAAGCAGAAGAACUCUGCAGCUUCACAAGCUGAGAAUGUUUGACUCCUGAUAACAUGGUACUUUUUUACCGGUGUUUAAGCAGUGACACUGAUGUGAAGAAAAUAUAGAAAUAAUGAGAUAGUAGAUAAAAAUAAUGCCUGACCAGCCUGACCUUCUGUGGUUACUGAGUGGAGAACAUGGAAAACUCUUCAGAGGAUUUGAUGGACAAUACAUUGAAUUGUACCAUUAAUCAUGACAUACACCAGACAGUGUCGCCUGUGGUGUACAUACUUGUCUUUAUAAUAGGACUCCCAGCCAACUGUCUUUCAUUGUAUUAUGCCUACUUGCAGGUCAAGGCCAAGAAUGAACUUGGAAUCUACCUUUGCAAUUUGACCAUAGCGGAUUUGCUCUAUGUUUUUUCUUUGCCCUUUUGGAUACAGUAUGUUUUACAGCAUGAUAACUGGACUUAUGAUGAACUCUUAUGCAAAAUCUGUGGCAUCCUCCUGUAUGAAAAUAUCUACAUCAGCGUAGCCUUCCUUUGCUGUAUUUCAAUUGACCGUUACCUGGCUGUGGUAUACCCUUUUCACUUCCAUCAGUUUAGGACAAUGAAGGCUGCUACAGUGGUGAGCAUCAUUAUUUGGGCCAAGGAAAUUUUGACUUGCUGGCUAGUUUUUACACAUGGGGAAGUGAGUAAAGAUUCUGAGAGCCACGUGGUGUGUUUUGAGCAUUAUCCCAUUAAAAAUUGGGAACAUAACAUCAAUUUUUACCGUUUUGCCGCUGGUUUCUUUUUUCCGUUUUUAUUGCUAAUUUUUUCUUACUAUGGAAUUCUUCGAGUUGUCCGCAAGAGUCAUGGCACUCAGAAAAAAAAGAAGGUUCAAAUUAAACGUUUGGUUUCAAGCACAAUGGUCAUUUUUAUAGUUUGCUUUGGACCGUAUCACGUACUGUUAUUGACACGCAGCCUCUUUGAGACAAGUUGUGAUUUCGCAGGCAGAAUUUUCAAUGUUUACCAUAUUUCUCUUUUGUUGACUACUUUUAAUUGUGUUGCAGACCCAAUAUUGUAUUGCUUCUCCAGUGAGAACACUUAUCAGGAUUUUGCCAAAAUAAGAAACACUUGUUCAAAGCGCUUAAAAUGCAGGAAGACAGAAACAGAAACCAAAGAAUCCUAUCCAAUGAGUACUCCAGAAACUGUCAAAAAACUCAGGGGGCAGGCUGAUGUUGACUCAGAGUUUUUGAGUAAAGUACAAGUUGCUCAUGAAAUGCAAGAAUGAUCAGCCAUAUCCAAAAGGAGUAAUGUAAAGCCUCCACUGAUUUAUUUGUUCACUUCCUAUAGAUGUAUAAGAUCUAUUUUACUCUUCCGAGAGGGUUCAUGAUUGAAAAACACAACGGUUUGACACCUAUAUUAUUCCUUCCACAUGGGGAAUUCCUUACUUCCUUUAACAUCAUUCAGAACUUCUAUCCAAUUCUGGGUGAUGAUAUAUAAAAUAGGCAAUCAUUUAACCAUCAUUAUACAUCCCAUGCAUAAUGCUGGCUUACUAUGCAUCCAGGAGUGUAAGAAUCUAUUUUGUUUCCAAUAUUCUGAAAUACUUUUACAGUUUGAAAACAAUGAAACAUUACUGGAGUGGACAUGUGACCAAAAUAUUACAUUUUUGUGAUCAUGUAAAAGGGGAAAUGUGUAACAUGUUUAAAAUUCAAAUUAGCAUAUUCUGUAUUUUUAUCAAUGUAUAGCAUUUUAAAGCCUUGAAAACUGUCCUACUCAUGUCUAUCACAUGAAAAAAUGUAAAUGCAGAAGCAAAAAGAAUGGUGCCCCUUGAACCUUUUAAAAACAAAACCAGAAAAAUGUUUUGAUUAUGAGUCAAUAUCUACACCAUAAUGACUCAUAAUAAAAAAGCACAUAUAGAAAAAUGUGCAGCAAAACUUGGUAUUUUAAAGCUUGUGUGUCUUUCGGGAUUCUCAAUUAUGUGAGGGAGAGGUGCUAAACAAUUUAGAUUAAUGUUUGCAAAUGUUCAGUCUCACUGAAAUCCUAUAGCUGUGAAUUUAGACCCUUAAAUGUGUUCCCAAAGGAUGAAUGGGGAUUUCAGUAACCAAAGUGGCAAAUAGAACAGGCAUGGGCAAACUUCGGCUCUCCAGGUGUUUUAGAUUUCAACUCCCACAAUUCCCAACAGCUGGUAAACUGGCUGGGAUUUCUGGGAGUUGAAGUCCAAACACCUGGAAGGUCGAGGUUUGCCCUUGCCUGGUAUAGAAUGUACAAGAAGUUUAAUUGGUAAUUAAAACUUAAGAGGUAACAGGAGACCAAAUUGAAAUAGCUACAUUUUCUUACUCUGAACAGAAAGCAUAAAACUGCCCCUGCAUAAAAAUUAAGAGCUGCUGUAACAUGCUAGAACACAUUGCCAAAAUGAAAUAUAUCCCACUUUAGAAGAGGAUGUUAUUAGAUUAGAAUACAUUGCCAAAACAUUCGUACUCUAGGAGUGGAUUAGUAUUGUUUGGUUUAACGCUCAGUUUAUUAAGUAGUUUUACUUUGGCCAAAGUACUGAACACAUCAUUUAUCUCUUGAUUUAAAAUUUUGUUUUAUUUUGUUUCUUUGCAGCUCUUUUUCAGUUUUAUUCUACCCUUGCUGUUUUUUUGAUCAUGGGGUCACAUUCUCCAGAGCUGAGUAAGAUUGGCUUUAGCACGUGUUUAGUAUCAGUUGUUAACAUAAAAAAUUCCAAAAGAAUAUAAAACACACAUAUGGAUUAAAGAUGAUUAGAGACAUUUGUUGAUUUGAUCACUGGUUUAGAUGAUGGUGAUAGUUAAAGCAAAAGGACACAGAUGGUAACUCUUACACAGCUGUUAUCUAGGAGUUUCAAGUCUUAUGAUCUGAAGUAGAUUUUUAAGGAAAAUACUUACAUUCCGAAACUUUUAAAACUGCAAUACCGUAUAUAUUCCUUUAUAGGUCUAGAAAUUUUAGUUAACCCCAAAAUCCUGGGUUGAUUUAUUCACGGGUAAUUCAAGUAGUGUACCUUAACCCAUAACCAAAAAAGGAACCACCCCCUUUCCUAAUUUACUCUCUGCCUUUUUAAAGGCCUUGCAGAAAAAAGUCAGUGAUGCUUUCCUCUCUAUGGAGAAUGCCCUUUGACUCAUCCAUGGGUCAUAUCAAAAUCCCAAGUUUUGACCUCCAAACAUUCCCUCAACGUAUUCAUGAGGUCAACUUAUAUACAAGUAUAUAUGGUAGCAAAUAUUUCCUGUGCUCUAGUAUGGAGUGGGGAGGUCAUCCAAUCACAAGCCAGACUGGCUCUGGAGCCAGACUUCAGUCUGCUUUGAUUAUCUCCCCGUCUUGCACUCCCUGAAGGAAUAUUUGAUAAAAUUAGGGGAGAGCUUCUGCAAUCUACUGCCAAAAAUCAUGCAAAAUCCCUAGUUUUUGCAACUUCUUGCCAAUAGAGCCAGAUCAGAUUAUUUUGAUGACCUGUUAGUACACAAAGAUAUUUUCAUUAAAAUAGGUUUCUAUGUUUUAAAUUGAUUUGCUUUCUGAACUAGCCUUGUGUCUAUUCAUUGUUUGUGGGCUCUCAAACACAUUUUUAGAAUUAUCUUGGGAAGUAUUGAGCACAUUUUAAGAAACAAGCUAUAAUGUUGUGAUGCCAUUUAUUUUUAUACUUCAUUGCGUUUUAGUUUCUUUACUUUUACAUUUAAAUUGCACUUUUUCUCAUGUAUUAAAUUGGUGUUCAUCAUGUUGAGUGUUAUUUGUACUAGAAAGACUGAACAUGCAUUUAAUAAAUAAAAUUACUGAGCAUAAUUAAUAAUGAUAAUUGUGUCUAUGUACUUGAACAGUCACAUAGAAACAAAGGUAUUUUAUACAAAUGAUCUGGUGUUGUGUAAUAUGCCUGCUUCUUCCUUCCAAAUAGCAGCCUCUACUUAGAGGUUCAAGAAUAAAACUGCUCAAAAACAGUUUUAGAUAACUACAAAAGUCCUUCAGUCCACCAAAAUGUCAAUCCGAAAAAGUGCCUUAGCGUUGUAAUUUCUCCCCUCAUAGCAGUGCAUGGGACAAUGAUGUGACUUUACAAAACUAUUUCAAAUUAUUAUUUGACUAAUAAUUAGCCAUCUGCUGAUCUGAGGUGUAAGUUCUCUUAUUCGUAGGAUCACCAUAAAUCAAAGCGAGCUUGACAGCACAUAGCAAAAAAAGUGGCUGGCAUCCUGUUAAGUAAUUACAAUAUCAUAAAGCCAAUUUACAUCAUCAUAAUUUAAUUCACUUUUAUGGUGGUUGCAUGGAAAAUGUUCGUAAACCCUACCUUUUAAACGACACAGUCUUCCCAAGAGACAGGCACUUUGGCUUAAAAGGUAGAUUUAGGGGGUAGCAAUAGGAUCUCUGCCAAUGUCUUUUAAGAAACAGGGCCAUGAAGACUUCACAAAUGUAUGUAGGGUUUACU